UAGAGGCAAACCGUUAGCAGACGCGAGGGGCGUCCCGAAACGCCCGAACUUCCGAAGUUUUCAUUAUUUCUCUUUGUGAUUCUAUUAUUUGAGAGGAUUUUUUUUUUUACGGCUACUAACUUGUGCUCUGUGAUUCAAAUACAAACUGCAGCGUUUGUGACGCACGGAAAGUUCAAGUUUUAAGUGAGAAAAGCAGCUGGAGUGUGGCAGAAGCGGAAACUUUAAUGAGGGUAUCGUAUUUCAAGGUUACCGACUGACGAGGCGUCUGUUGAUGACUGACUGCCCAAGGUUCAGCGACCCUCAACGGUUAUUAACUUGUCAAAACUAGAUCUACUGUUUAUCCAGCACAAUACCUACUGCGUGACGUCGUACCAAGACGCCCUCAUCAGGAACAAUCUCCCGGCGAAGCUCGCGUGGGAGUGCGGUAUCGCAGUUGUGCGAGUCAUGCGGUCCGUAGGUUGCUUCCAUUGGAACAUCUGCUCAAAGAUAUCCCCCCAGGGGUUGAGAAAACUGCUGGGCAUCCCAGCUAAGAGUCACGACAUGUGAAACAACGUUCGUUUUGCAACAUCCGCACGCUGUCCUUUUUUUAGGGGUAAAGGACGAUCUUGAGGAGAAAUGAGCAGUUUAAUGUAGAGACAAGUCUAUCCUUCAUGUUUUGAUUACAGACGUUUGGUAUUAAGUGCGUGAACAGUUUUUCCGUUCUUUUUGUGCAAGGAGAAGUAUUCGUGCACUGAUGGGUGUAUCAAUGUUUUAUAAGGAUAAUAACUACCACCGGAAGAGUUCUGUCUUUUCGGGCUAAAAAUACAAAUGUGACUUUAUCGCGACUGCAUACUCUGAUAUUAAAUAAUUUGUGAUUUAAGAUUAUCACUUUCGGUUUGUGAUUCCUUUUUCUAAGAGAUUGUUCAAACUUUUUUUUUCUUUUCGUUGAGGAGUACCAUCUGUUGGCCUGAUGCGGGUGCAGCCGCCCGCGCCUCUCAUCAUGACUGAGGCGGUGACAGAGAACACGCCCAUGCUGAAGGAGGGCACAGACUCCAAGCACAAGGGCGUCUGCAGGCUCCUUAGCUGGAAUCAGUUCAGCAGCCGAGAAAUGGAGAGCUUGUACCAGCGAUAUGUCUACAAAAUCCAACAGUCAGCGAUGGUAUGUCUAGUCACGCUGCUCACCAUCCUAUGUUUCAGCAUAGCCGUACUCACCUCUGUCUAUGUACAUACGUACACCGCCUACAGCCUGUACCUCUACGGCCAGGGAUUGGUCUUCCUCUUAUUCUUUAUCCUCAUGAAAACAAGCGUGAUGAAAGAGCAUCAUUUCAUGGCAGUGAACUACGUGAUUUUGUUCUUUGUGGCUUCCUUGGGAAUACUGAGUGCACCGUUGCCGUUAGGCACGCCUCCUGGAUACCCGGAGCACAUUCUGAACAUGUCGGAGGGUUCCUGGGUGGUGGCGUUCCUCGUGUUCAACGUGUACGCCCUGAUGCCGCUGAGGACGUUGUCUAAGUGCCUCUUUGGUGGAUUCAUCCCUUUAGUGCAUCUGGUGGUAUCCUCACAGACCUGUAGACACUUUCCGGAUUUACACUGGCGACAGUUGGUGGCCAACACGAUCCUGUUUCUGUGCGCCAAUGUUGCCGGCCUGUUCACUCACAACUCCACCGACCGCACCCAGCGACGGACCUUCAAGGACACUCGAGACUGUAUCGCGGCCAGGUUGGACAUACAGGAUCAGAACGAGAAGCUGCAAAACAACUGCAUGCGUAUCAAGAUCCUGGGCGACUGCUACUACUGCGUGAGUGGACUGCCUGAGGCACGCGCCAACCACGCCGCAUGCUGUGUGGAGAUGGGGCUGGAUAUGAUUGAUGCUAUUGCGAGCGUGUGCGACCAGACAGGCGUGAAGCUAAACAUGCGUGUUGGGCUACACACUGGCCGGGUGUUGUGUGGUGUCCUGGGACUCAAGAAGUGGCAGUACGAUGUCUUCAGUAACGACGUGAAACUGGCCAACCACAUGGAAGCUGGGGGCAUUGCGGGACGUGUCCACAUAACUAAAUCAACACUUGAUCAACUUCAUGGCCAGUAUGAGGUGGAGCCGGGUCGAGGAGAGGAACGAGAUGCCUACAUAAAAAAACUUGGGGUUCAGACAUUCUUCAUCAAGACGAAACACCCCAGGAAGCAUGCGGUACUGCUACAGAGAGAGUGGACUGGUAUGCGGCCGCACAAACUGUCUUUCAAGGGCGUGACCAACUGCGUCAUCCGCCUGAUGCAGUCCGUCAAGUUCAACGCGGAGAUCCCCUUCUCUGACGUGCUCUCCACCAGCCAGUCCAGAGACUCAAUGGCGCCUCAGCCUACCAAGAUUGCCAAGACUAUGGGCACCGCAGACGACUCGGACAGGCGAGACAGUUUCAAUUUCUCCCCGCAGGACUUGACGUCCCACACCCUGCACCAGGACUUCUCCCCUCGCCAGACACUGGAGUCCCCUGUUGAUCGAGUGAACAAGUACCUGGCUCAAGCCCUCACAGCCAGGAGCAUAGAGAGGGAGAAGUCAAACAAUGUCAACUUCAUAACGCUGCAAUUCAAAAACAAAGAUAAGGAGAAAGGAUACCAAGACACUGAAGACUUCACGUUCAGCAGCAGCCUCCUGUGUACUCUGGUCAUGCUGGUGCUGAUCGCCGGCCUGCAGGUGAUCAUCCUGCCCAGGACGCUCCUACUCCUCAUGAUGUUCAUCCUGGGCUUUGCUUGGCCCUCCAUUGUACUCAUCUUUAUACUCAGUAUCAAGCUGAAGUGCACAAAUUUUGACAUUCGUAAGUCAUCGAAACUACGAGUGUUCAUUGCCACUACAACUGUGCUGAUACCUUAUCUCAUGGUGCAGAUCAAUGUUCUCUGCUGCAGUGGAGGUCAUGGCAUUACAUUUCUGGAAACCUUGAGCCUGAUGAACAAAGAUGAGCACUUGACCUGCAGUGACCCCAGUUACAUCAUUGUCAGCGGAAUCCUCUGUUUUUUCCUGCUUUCACUCUUCAUCAAGAUCAACCCACUUCUCAAGAUUGUGUUCAUGGUCAUCAUAGCUGCUGGACAUAUUGUUGUCAUGGAACUGACACACAAAACUUUAUUUUACAAUUUCGAUGAUAUCUUGCGUGCUCUGGUUCCCACCCAUGUGCUCGGCAUCCUGGCUUUCAUUAUUUUCCUCCUUGGGUUUACGCUACAGAACAGGGAGCAGGAGUGGACGCUGAGACUGGACUUUUUAUGGAAGUCUCAGGCAGCGGAGGAAAAGGCAGGAAUGCAGGAAUUACAGAGGCAGAACUCUAGAAUCCUGUGCAAUCUCCUACCAGAGCAUGUGGCCAACCAUUUUCUACAUUUGCAGACCAAUAGUCAUAUGGAGCUGUACAGCCAGCAGUACAAUAAGGUGGCCGUGUUCUUUGCUUCCAUUCCCAACUUCUCUGACUUCUAUGUAGAGCUUGCAGCAAACAAUCAAGGCGUAGAAUGCUUGAGAGUUUUGAAUGAGAUUAUUGCAGAUUUUGAUGAGCUCCUAGACAUCCCAUACUUCUAUGGUGUGGAGAAAAUCAAGACAAUCGGGAGCUGCUACAUGGCAGCAACAGGGCUCAAACCUACACAUCUAGUCAAGGGAAGAGAAGACUCAAUCACCUUCUACUUGACCAUGCUGGUUGACUUUGUCAUGUCCAUGAAAGAGAAGCUAAAAAAUAUCAAUGAGAAUUCCUACAACAACUUUGAGCUUCGUGUUGGCAUCAAUGUGGGUCCUGUGGUGGCUGGUGUGAUCGGGGCAAGGAAGCCUCAGUACGACAUCUGGGGCAACACUGUGAAUGUGGCAAGCCGUAUGGAGAGCACUGGAGUCUCCAGCAAGAUACAGGUGACAGAGGAAGUGUAUGCAGUCUUGAAAAGUGUGUUCACUUUUGAAUGCAGAGGAAAGGUGCCUGUGAAAGGAAAAGGUGACAUGAUAACCUACUUUUUGAGGGAACGUCGGAGACCACGAGACCCAAGCUGCAUCUUUCCGCCACCAACCCCACCUGAAAGCCCAAUGGUGAAUGGAUCAUCUUCAACACGCAGGUCUGCUGAGAGUUUACCCUUGACUGCACCCAGCGCUGCAGCUGUCACACCCGACCCAUCAAGUAAGAGAGCCUCAGAGUGUUCAUCUAUCACAGACCAUCAACCUCACAGCUCCAGCAUGGAUCGACGUCAUCAGGCUUCCACCUUGGAGCGCCAGCAGAAAGGAGCCAAUACCCCAACCCCCACAGGCAGCCUAAACAAGCGACGGCAAAAUUCUCUGGACAGUCCCAGCAUGCAUAGAAAUCCUUUAAGAAAGCUGAGUGGGUCAUCUACAGGUCAUGGUGCAAAUGGAGAGGGUCACCGUAGCAACAGCCCUGAGCUGCCAGCUGUGCAUUUCUUCAAUGCCAAAAUGCAACAGCCCCGGCCAGCAUCUAUCCAGGUGCAAAACGCAAUGUUUGACAGUUUGAAGUCACACCCUGUGGGUACAAGUCCAGUAAGUCCAACAAGCCCAAAGUCCACCGUGUCGGAGGGUGCCCGAGCUGUGAAGACGAUGGCUAGCCCCACGACAACCCGCAGCCAUAUGGCCUCUGUGCAGCCACUGAGGAAAACGCACUCUGAGCCAAUCUGCAAACCCCCACCUACCCCUGGGUCAUACAGCUCACAUUUCUCCAGGCAAAGCCAGUCUCCUGUUUAUCGCUGUAUAUCACCACCUCUGAAAUCACAACUGAAAAAAGUGUCAGAAGAUGAAGUAUUGGAAGAUCCUGUAUUCUUCAACUCAGUAGAUUCAACAAGUCCUGGGAAUGAAUACCAGCAUGCGAAAACCAUACCACAGGGUGACAGGCGAUAUAAUGCAAUGGAAGAAAAUAUUUAUGAUUCGUUAUCAGACUGCAUCAGCCGACCUCCACCCCCUCCUCCUGCUCCCCCAUCCUGUGGGAACUCACCAACAAACAGUGAAGAUAAGUUUGUGACAGGGACUUACAGAGAGCCAAUAGACAGGUGCCACUCAGCAACACCAUCCCAAAGAAGUAACGCAUCCUCUGACAAGACAGUCAUUAUUAGAGAUGAUGUAUCAGAGAGGUCACAGCAACGGGAUCAAUCGAAGCAGAAUUCAAAGGUGCUGGUUGACAUUCGGAGGUCAUCGUCAUCAGGCUCCAAAGAGAGCAAUAGCACAUCCUCAGCAUCCACUGUGACCCCAACCAUGGGUUUAGUAGCCAGCAUUGAUGGUAAGAACAUGUCCUUACUUCCCGUGGCAGGGGAUGGGGCAAGAAGAUUACCAUCGGCAGAGAAAGGAAAUGUUGACCGUCGAGCUGUGGUAAGCUCUAUAGAUUCAGACUUAAAGCCAGCUAACUUUAUGAGGAAUGGCCUGAACAAUUUUUCUGGAGACAAUGGCCAUCAACAUCACAACCACAGAGAAUUUAGAAAAUCGUACCCUUCUGUGCCUCUUCACAAGCCUCCAUAUCUUUCUCCUCCCAGACAGAGAAAGGAAGCUUUUAACAUGAACUUUGUGUCUGAUGAUGAAAAAGAUUCAGUCUCAUCACGGCCAUACAGUGACCAUUCUUCCAUUGUGUUCCUCAAUCCCAUUGAACUGAAACCUUCAAAGAAUGCAUUGAUUCGUCAGCUCCCAUUCCAAGAAGGAAAGCAAAAUGUGCUGAGCUAUGUGUUCACCUCUCCUUACAGCACGCUGGACAGAUUUAAAUCUCGCUCGAGCGAUACAAUCAACAGUAUACCACGCUGUCCACCAACUCCCAAAUUCCCAAUACCUGAAGCUUCACCCUCUCUGACACAGCUGCUUCAGGAGCUGACAGAUGAGACAGAUCCAACUUUAGAUUAUUUCGAGCGUUUGCGAGGUCAGCUAGGCCCAUCUGAUGGAGUUGAUGAUAUCCCACCACGCUCUCCAGAGAGCAAAGCUCGUGCUCGACGUUCACGCAUCACAGAUGGCAAUGACAACAAAGUAAUGGCACCAUCCCCUCGAUCCAACACAAAGCCAUCUUCUCAACGGUUGUCAAUCAACCCGUUUCAAAUCAAACGACGUCAGGCUCAUGGCAUCCCACCCCGCCACUGUCGCAGUCUGGACUACAUUCCGAGUGAUCGCGAUGACAACAUGACAUCAUCACCCGUAUCUUCCGCUUGUGGCAGCCCAGGUACUCGACACGCUUACCUGAUGCCCCUCAUUUUUGGAGCCCAGAGUGCGGCAUCUCGAGCGGAGCACACCAGCUUGUCCUCACUAGCCAGCAGCAGCGAAAUGUCCCGCUCUGACCCUCAUGUCAACGCCGACUCCGGCUCUGCUGCGUAUGAGUCAGAAUACGACAACUACAGACCUGGCAUGACCAGUGACGAGGACUUUUUUGUCCCAGACCCCAUCAGCGAUGUGGACAUGGAAAUGUUUGAUGACGUCAAUGUAGACAAUGUGACAGUUAGUGACAGUUUCAGUCUGGAUAUGCCGGUUCCCAGAUUUCAGAAAAAGAUCACAGAGGUAUAACUUCUGGCAACUCUUGUACAAACUUGUUUCAUUAUGCAAUCAACAUAUAAGUUAUGGUCAUGCCAGGAGUGAAUGUUGCAGGAUUAUCCCAAGGGUACUAGAGCAGUCAAAGCUAAUUUUGACUGCACAUGAUUCUGGGAAAUAUAAAUAGCACUUCUCACAAUCACAAGCAUAUUUUAUAUAUAUGUUAUAUACUUAGAAAUAUAUAUAUAUAUAUGUUAUAUCAAUUUUAUGUAUAGCAAUAUCCUUGGGGAAAAGUUUGCAAAUGACAUAAGUUAAAACCAAGCUGUUUUGGAUUAUUUUCUUGUAAAGACAGAUUUUUCUUUGUUUUAUUAGGCGCCUUGGGAGGCACUUUCAAGUUUCUCAUGAUGUGCAUGCUGAGAGGGCUUGUGAACUCCUGCAUAUUUGUCUAGCAUAUGAAUAUCUGAGUCAAAAGACUUUGUCAUGCUGAAUGUUUUCACAUUUCAUUCAAAUUUGAUUACGCAUUUGAAGUAAUAUAUUCUUCAACUCUAUGAUGUGCAGUGGCUACUUUUAGCAUUUUCUGUCAAGGAUUUCAACAUAGUGUAACUUUUCGUCACAAACCAUGUACCUACACCCUUCUUUCAAGGUAGUUACGAGGUUUGAGAUUAAAGACCAACAAUCUGAAUAGCUUUUCUGGCAUGACUGUUCACAAACUUUUCUCUUAAAUUUAAAUUUGUUCUUAGAUGCAAUAUUGUACAU